AUGUGUAGUUUGUACAGAGUGGCAGCCAAGGCCGUCCCUUGGCUUUGGUGUUCUUUUCUUUUCACUUCCGGGGCGUGCAGAGUCUGCGCGAACCACAGCAUAGGUACCACCCGUGCCGUCCACUUUGCGUUCCGGAUACCGCAUGAUACUUUACUCUUGCCGCAAGGCCAUUGCGAUUUGCGAACCAGUGAGGGAACCAGUCCAGCGGGACUCCGGAGCUCACGGGAUGGAGACGCCUAG